AUGGGUGACCUAAUCAGCUUCCUAUCCACCAUUGGCCAAGAGGUCGAAGACGCCGACGAGGAAUCCUUUCUCCUCUUCUCCCAAGACAUCCCCUCCUCAAACCUCGGCUUCGUUGACUCGAAGGCGUCAACCGUCCAGAUCACCGUCCACGAGCGCGAGUACACUGUCCACCAAUCGCCCACAUUACUCUCGUCGUCUCGUGCUGGCGGGACAACCGGUGCAGUGUUAUGGAAAAUCACGCCCCUUUUCGCCUCCUGGGUCUCGAACACAACCAAUCCGUUCUGGACAGACAACGUCCUCACGUCCGCUUCGACAAUUGUCGAGUUGGGAUGCGGGAUAUCCGCCCUUACAGCGCUUGCGCUCUCGCCUCUCCUUGAACCUGAAAGCAACGGGGAUGGGCAUUAUAUCGCCACCGACCAGGAAUAUGUUCAUCGGCUCUUCCGGCAGAAUUUGCAGAGUAAUCCUCCAAAACCUCAACGGACCCAGGCUUCAUCGAAUCAAGGUAGGAAGGGGAAGAGAGGACAGAAGGCUUCAGCGUCAUCGUCAAUUCAGGGCGAUACCGCCCACUCGCAUUCGAACAUCACGUUCACGGCCCUGGAUUGGGAGACCGAUCACCCAGAGACACUGAAGGCGCAGGUUGUCCGGGAGGGAGGACAACAGGAGGAAACGGACGAUCCUGGCUUUGACCUCCUACUCUCCUGCGACUGUAUCUAUAACGAAGCACUGAUUGCCCCGUAUGUGCGCACGUGUGCCGAGAUUGCGCGGCUAAGACCUUCUCCGUCAACGUCCACGGGGAUUGGGACUGCGCGGAAGCCAACGGUAUGCGUCGUCGCACAGCAGCAGCGUUCACCUGAUGUGUUUGAGGCGUGGCUGCGGGAGACGAUGCGGUAUUUCAGGGUUUACAGACUUAAUGACGAUGUCCUCGGGGAGAGUUUGGGCGUGGGUAGUGGGUAUUUGGUGCAUGGGCUUGUUUUAAAAGAUUAA